AUGGCCUUUUCAAAUUUCAAAGUCGUAGAGCACAUCAUCCCCUGCCAGGCUAUUCGGGAAUAUCACCACGCAGUGAAACCGAACACCCCCGAUUUGCAGCUGGCAGUUAAGCAGUAUAUCCCGAUUGACAAUACGGAUUCGGCAGAGGAUGAUCUCAACAUCAUUGCUGGACAUGCAAAUGGGAUCCCGAAGGCAUAG